GGAUGUCUGAUUCAGCCGCGCAGGUUGUUUGGGGAUACGUUUAAAUCGCACAUUGUACCUAAACCGACUUUAAAAUGCGUUCUCGUUCUGUUUGUUUUGAAGUAGCUUGCAUUUUGGACGCUUUUGCCCGGUGCGGAAGAAGGUUUUAAGGUGUUUAUCAACAAAGAAGACCAAGGCUGGGUUAUUUGAUAAAUAAACUGGCACUGGCACUGCCCAUGUCAAUGUCUUUCUGACCACACCUGCAAAUGGACAUUUCAAUAAAUCUUUCAUUUCUGUCUGUGGACUAGUGCCAACGCUGCAGAACUUCCCAACGUCCCGAUUCCAGGUCACCGUGUCCCCGAAUUUGUGCUACCGCUGUCACGCACCCUCGCCCUUGUAUUCAUCCCCAUCUUCAUGGGACUGUUUCUGCGUUCUCUAUCAUGCCACAGACUACUAUAAUUGUUUUUACCCCCGUGGUCUGAUAAGUCAGAUUUGUUCUUUUAUUUGUGAACUGCGCAAUAACGGCCUCUGCCAAACACAUGGUGUAGUGGUGAAGUUUUAACCCUUGCAAGAAACUCAACUGAAUGUGAUGAGCUCUCAGGUUUUGACUCAAGGACUUUCUAGCUGAGUUAGCACUCAGGAUUUAAACCAAGGACUUACCGACCACAUCCAGGUUUUAAAUAAGCAUCAAAAUAAGCAGAAAACCCUUUUUGAAGCAUAUGUGAAGAACAAACCAUGAGCUCGGACUGUUUUCAGUACCGUGCACUGUUCGAGUACAAUCAUGAGCGUGGUGACGACAUCUCCCUGCAGCCUGGAGAUCUCCUCACGGUUGCCAAGACGGCUCUGCUGACACCAGAUCACCAGGAGGGUGAUGAAAAGUGCCCAAAGGGCUGGCUGCAUGGCACCAAUGAACGCACUAAAGAGAAAGGCAACUUUCCUGGCACCUUUGUGGAGUAUGUUGGGGUCAUGAGGGCGGGCCUCCCCUCAGAAAAACCUUGGCCAAGACCUGUACCCCCAACACCUGUUGGGCCUCAGCCCCCAGCAGCCACAGCAUCAGAGGGCUCCUUUGGAAAGGGAGAUGUUGUGGAGCAGUGUGCUCUGUCGGACCAAACCCCAGCGGUGGUCCUCAGGCUGACAGAGGCUCUGGAGAGACAGGGAUGGGAGAGCGAGCCAUUGUACCGGACCGCCCUGACCUCCACCGGACCCCCAGAAUUAUUUCAGGCUUUAGAAACAGACCCAGCAGCGGUGGACUUUGAGCAAUAUGAAUUAUCUGUAUUGGCUGAUACUCUUCGAGGAUACCUUCAGGACUUGCCUUGCACCAUCAUCCCAGCUGUAGUGUACAGUGAGCUGGUCUACACUGCUCAGGAGAUCCAAAGCAUGGAGGAGUGUGGACAACAGCUGAAGAGAAUCCUUGACUCCCCCAGCAUCCCUCAGGCUAACCACCAGCUCCUGGUUCAUCUGACCCGACACCUAAGCAAGGUGACACAGAGUGAAGGAGCAGCUCAGGCAACCCCCAGGCUUCUGGCUAUGGCCUACAGUGAGGCCAUCUUCAAACACAACCACUUUAGUGCGGAUGUAAACCCAGAACAUCAUGUAAAGAUUCUUGAAGCUCUUAUCAUGGUUGGAGGCUUAGUGGAGAUACAGGCUGCUCCAGCGCUUCCUCCGAAACCAGCAAAACCCAUGACACCAGUAAACGGUAACGGCGUGAAAGAAGCCGCCAGCGGUUCAUUACAAGAGGCAGAAUGGUACUGGGGAGACAUAUCAAGGGAAGAGGUAAACGACAAACUGAGGGACAUGCCUGACGGUACUUUUCUGAUACGGGACGCCUCCACCAAGAUGCAGGGGGAUUACACGCUAACACUAAGGAAAGGUGGAAACAAUAAGCUAAUAAAGAUCUACCACCGGGAUGGGAAGUAUGGAUUCUCAGAACCCCUCACAUUCGGCUCGGUGGUGGAGCUCAUCAGUCACUAUAGGCACGAGUCCCUGGCCCAGUACAACACCAAACUGGAUGUUAAGCUAAUGUACCCCGUCUCCCGCUAUCAGCAGGAUCAGCUGGUGAAGGAGGACAACAUUGAUGCAGUGGGGAGGAAACUCCAGGAAUAUCACAAUCAAUAUCAGGAGAAGAGUAAAGAAUAUGACAGACUCUAUGAGGAGCACACAAAAACCUCACAGGAGAUUCAGAUGAAACGUACCGCAAUAGAGGCCUUCAACGAGACCAUCAAAAUAUUUGAAGAGCAGUGUCACACGCAAGAACGAUAUAGUAAAGAAUACAUCGAGCGAUUCCGCAGAGAAGGCAACGACAAAGAGAUUGAAAGGAUCAUGAUGAACUAUGAGAAGCUCAAGUCCCGUUUGGGUGAGAUUCACGAAAGCAAAACCCGGCUUGAACAGGACCUAAAAACGCAGGCACUGGACAACAGGGAGACAGACAAAAAGAUGAACAGCUUAAAGCCGGACCUCAUUCAGCUAAGAAAGAUCAGAGAUCAGUACCUUGUUUGGCUCAACCAUAAAGGUGUUCGACAGAAACGAAUCAACGAUUGGCUGGGGAUCAAAAACGAGAACACGGAUGAAGCCUACUUUGUCAGUGAGGAAGAUGAGAAUCUGCCACACUAUGACGAGAAGAGCUGGUUCGUUGGGGACCUGAACCGCACGCAGGCGGAGGACUUGCUUCUUGGCAAACCUGAUGGAGCGUUCCUCAUCCGAGAGAGCAGCAAGAAGGGUUGUUACGCCUGCUCUGUUGUCGUGGAUGGUGAGGUGAAGCACUGCGUCAUCUACAGCACGCCUCGUGGCUACGGUUUCGCCGAGCCCUACAACCUGUACAGCACUCUGAAAGACCUGGUCCUGCACUACCACCAGACGUCGCUGGUCCAGCACAACGACUCGCUCAACGUGCGGUUGGCGUAUCCCGUGUAUGCACAGAUGCCCUCAGGACCCCGCAGAUGAAGACUCGCCCCCCCCCCACAUAAAACUGUCUAAACUCUGGCGUGGGGGAUCGGUUACUGAACAAAAAAAACCCCACCAACAAAAAACACUUGCUGCAACACACACGUCAGCCACCUUGGAGUUAUAUAUUUUUACAAGAACAUUUUUGGAGGGCAUUCUUUCUAAAGACUGCUUGAUUUGCACAAGGAAGUUUCAAAUGUUUGUGAAUGUGAAAAAAACAGCAGAAGGAAGCAGAGGAGGCGAGUUUCAGGUGACCUGCGCUGCUACCUAAACUCCAGCUGGGACUUUUUACUUGCUUCAGUUUAGUUUUUAGCUUAAGCUUUUUUUAUUCCUGCCUGUUGUUUCACUCAACUUGUUUGUGUUCCUUUGUAUUAUCUUUGCAUCAUUUGUAAACUAAAUGUAUGGCAGGAGAAAUAUUUAGUUUGUUUUAAAGUUCUCUAUGUUCUCUAAACUAUGUAGCAAAUAGACGACUGACACUUUCCAGAGUGUUCUCACGGUGACUGCUGCUGAAUAAUGGAUUGGGGGAUGUUUUGGGAGGGCACAAGUGAACAGGUGUUGUCUUAAAAAAGCUUGUUUUUACACUUAACUUUCAAGAUUUUUGUUUUCUGUCCUUUCUAAGCAAGAUUAAGGCUGUUACAGUUCAGUACAGAGACCAAAGUUGGCAGGGGGAGGACAUUUACCUUUUUUUUUACAUUUGGCUUUUUUUUACAUUUGGCUUAUAUUUAUCAAAGUGAACGAUAAUUCCUAAAACACUUUUUUUUUGCAAACUAUUAAGAUAGUUUGAAACUGUGUCCUAUGAACGUAACCUCAAAUUUUUUAGUAAAUGUUUUUUUAUAACCAAAUUCGCAUGCACAGACACAGUUGACAUGAAGCACUUAAAUAUACAAAAGACAAGUGACCGCUGCACGUUUCUACACCAAAUUUAAAAGAACAAAAUUGAAUGCGUGGUUUUAACUGAUAUGAAAACUUAUGCUUAAUGUCUGAUGAGAAAAAUCGGAUUUGUGUCAUUGUUAGGCAGGCAUGCAGAAAAUGUCUCGUUCUUUAGUGAGCGAAGCAGCGCUUUUCAGAGCAGAUGUGCUGUAGUACAUACAGUAACUUGAAGAAAGUGCAAUCCAGCUUUUGAUGGUAGUUUUAAGUGGCCUGUCAGAGAGAUGCACAAACGGCUCUAGGUGACAUCAAAAAGCGAUAAUCACUGUUAAAGAAUUGUGGGUUUCUUUUAGAUAUUCAUACAUAAAAAUUCCCCUUAUAUAGUGUUUCUCUUUUUAGCAGGUUGACUUGUUUUGUGUCAGAUGACGAAAUACAGUUUUUAUUGUUUGGCUGCCUCCUGGUUGUAAAGUCGCACAAUAAAUCCUUUAUGAUGAUGAUCACAGCUAUAUGCACAAUAUUCAGUGUCAGUACACACGUCACUUCCUAUUUCUUGUUGGGCACUAUGUUGUCCAGUUAAGUAUUUCAGUUAACAUUUCGGGGUUUUUUUCAACACUUUUGAAAGACCUCCUACAGAAUAGCUAUGGCAGACUUUUAUAGAGAGCAGACGUUUAUCAGAGCACGCCGUUUCAUUUCUAUUGUCUGUGUAUGCAAACUUUCAUAAAUACAUCUUUACAGCCUUUGUAUUAAGAUCAUCGGCUUUGCCAGCUUCUUUUCUGUGGAAGGUAAAUUUGUUUCGUAUCAUACGACCAGCUUUUUUGCUUUAGUUUUUUCUGAUCCUCUAAAUAGAUUAUUUUUUAAGCUGGACCCCUGAGGGGUCCCCUGUCUAUUACUUGAACUCUUGCAUCGCUCACCAUUGAAUGUCUUUAUAGUACAUAUAUCCGUUUAUUAAAAUGCAGGAAAAUCCCUUUUAUGGCACAAGUGGGAGAGUAUAAAAAUUGCGUUUCAUGCAUUUACUCUUGAAGUCACGAAGCUUGUGUUUUACUGAAAGGAAAUGGGGUUUAUUUUAUGUUCACAGAGCUCAAAUAUGACUGUUUAUUGGAGUGUAUUGACCAAUAUAGCACACAUCAUAUUUUAAGAGUUUAUUAUUAGACAAAUGUUAUGCUACACAAUUCAUGCAAUGAUCAUGCAUAACUUUUAUUGAAGAAUUGUCAAAAAAAUGUUUUAACCUCUUUUGUUUGUUUAUGAGCAUUUUCCCAGGCAUUGAGACCAAAGAUUUGAGUUUGGUUAUUCUUGGGUUGUACUAGUUUUAAAGAGAUGCAUUUAUCUUUUCCCCUUGUAUUUCAAAUGCCUUUCUUUCAUGCAAACGUCAUUUUGUGUCUUAGUUUUUGGGUUGCUAACCCCACGCUUGUCUUGACAAAAUAACAAUGUCCUUGACUAUUUCUGUCUGUAUAUUUAAGGGUUCAUCGUAGUCCACUGUGGAUUGGCUUGCGUCUUUUUGCCAUUCAAAAACCGAUUACAAUUUGUUUACCGAAAUGAAAUGUAGUUUUGUUAAGCCUCAAAGACUGGCCUAAAAGCAGGUGUAUUUGUUUUGUUGAUCGUUCAUUUUUGCACUCACUCAUUAUUUGGAAGAGGUAAAUAGAAUCUUGUGUGCCAUCAUAUUUUUGCUUACGCUGAACCAUCAUUUGUCUGUUAGGUCACUAAAACACCUCCAAAUCAGCAAAAUCAAGUGUUUCUAUGUGUUUUCUUUACAGAUUUGUUUUGCAUUCACAGACUAUUGAUCUGUAGUUGGAGUCGUCGUUGCUGAUUUUAUUUUUUACUUGGGAAACCGAUAUAAAGAAAACAGCAACUCUGUACCCCACAGUAAUUUGUGGUUUAAGAAAAAGCGGCAUUGCCGUUCUCUGCAGGGUAGAAAGCAGUGGGGUUUGUUGGCUUUCUUUGUUCUUACACUCCAGAAAGCCUGCAAUAUUCUGUUUUUCCUUCUGUAAGUUUUCAGGGACAUGAAAAAGCAUUGCAUUGGGGAUUCGUAUGAGAGACAUUUACUGGAGGAAAAAAGCUUCUUUUGUAUUAAAGUGGGAAUGGGGGAAAGUAACACAUAAUAACAAGCCAACAGAAUCAGCAGUGCGUUGCUUAAAAGCUCAGAGGUUUUGGGCAAGAACCAAAACAACAUUUUCCUAUACAGCUUGAGUUUUCAGUCAAUCUCAGUCAAAUAAGCAGGUGUAAUGACUAGAAGACCUGGCUAAGGUUAUUUCUGGACUGUUAGCUAUUGGCCCCUUGUGCAAUUCUGCAAAGUUUUAUUUGCAGUCGGGUUUGAAUAUGUUGUGAUUCUCUUUGGGAGUCUUACCACAGCUGUCCCACCGUGAUAUCCAGCACAUUUCUUAUAAAAACGUUUUUAAAUGAAAAAAAAAAAACUGUCACUCUCCUUCCCACUUUGACAUACGUAAAACCCAGCAUGCUUCUUUGGUACUCUUGACUGUUGUUUUGUGUAAAAAAAAUCUUAAACAUAAAAAAAGAUGUGGAACAAAACUGUUAAUUGUCUGUUUAUGGUGUAGUCAAAUAUAAAUUUUAAUAUAGCUUAUAAAAAGACUGCUUUUUCAACUGAAUGCGUUGGAGUCCUUUGUUGCAGCCAAUAAAGCGAAAUGAUACUGUUCGCAAAAACUGAGACAGAGGAACACCAGAAGCAAUAGAAAACGGAUUACAGUACCUUUUGCACAACCUGAACAACACACAAAUGCAUUCUCUUUGAAGACCGUCAAACUAAUGUGCCCUUUACACACACACAUCGCAUUAUUGACAUGACAGAGUUUAUUCUGCAUAAAUAUAUGUAGAGUCCCUUACACCAGCAGUGUUUCUCAUCUCUGGACUUGAAAGACUCGGCUUGAGCGAUAAGCCACAGGCCCUCGAUGGCCAGAAUAUACACUUAAAACAUGUUGCUCUGGUCUAAAAAUCCUUGUGUAACUAGUGUUUCAUGUCUUCAAGUUAUAGCACAAACAUACUCACACAUUCUGCUAUUUCUGUUCGUUGCAUCGGGAGAACAAGCGAUGUCAGGAAUCCUCUCUCUCAGUAUUUGAAUUAGUGCUUAAUGGUAUUCUUCGGUUUCAAUGUCCACCACAAUACAGCAUUUUCUCGUAUCUGUUACAAAAGUUUGUAUUGGUUGUAGACUCUUUGUUAUGAGGUGAACUCGUGUAUAUACUAAAUGGAAGUCCACAAUAUUCAGUUCUCUCGCAGAAUAAAGAAAGUAUUUUGUUCAAA